CUUAUGCUGGGUUUUAUGUACCUGAACAUACUUAUAUGACUUGAAUCCUGCACUAUAUUUGGCAUUUUGUGUAUCCAACAGUGUGGUUUAUGGAAUUGAAUACUCUUCCCAUUACAUUUGUGUUUUGUUAUAUUUUGUUAAUCAUCAUCCGAAACCGCCGGCUGCAACCUCGUUUUAGAUCCAACAUGGCUGAUGCGAUAAGGCUGUCUGACUACGCGUACCUGGAGCUGGAUCGAGUGAAAGCGCCCUGCGGGGGUUUCCAUAGUGAGGAGUUGAACUGCUCAGUCCAGGAGGGAGAGUCAGCCACUUCCUGGUCCGGGAUCAUGAUCAUUUUCACCAGAAAUCGCUCUGAGAAAACGGACUUUGCAAUGUAAACGAGACGCAUUCCUGCGGUUUAGAACAAGGUCAUGUGUGCCUCUAUGAGGUGUCCUGUUAACAACUACCGUAUGAAACCUCAGCUGGUCUGUACACUUCAACGCCUUCGACAAUGAAUUCUGAUGCGGAACAGGAUGCUGUCGUCAAACUUGCCCAGGAGAGAGCAGAAAUAGUAGCAAAAUAUGAUAAGGGAAAAGAAGGUGCAAAAGUGGAACCCUGGGAGGAUGCUAACUUCCACCUGUACAAAGUCAUUGACCGAUUUGGAUUCCUACAUGAGAAUGAGCUUCCUUCAUAUGAUUCAGUUGAAGAAAAGCAAAAGCAUCAAGAAGUUGAAAGAACUGCAAAAUGGCUGAAAAUGCUGAAGAGCUGGGAUAAAUAUAAGAACAGUGAAAAGCUUAUGAGAAGAAUUUAUAAGGGGAUCCCACUUCAGCUUCGAGGGGAAGUCUGGUGCUUGCUUCUUGAUAUUCCAAAAAUAAAAGCUGAGAAGAAGGAUUUUUAUGAGAAACUAAAGCAGAGAGCGAAAGAUGUUUCUCCCGAUAUCAGGCAGAUUGAUCUUGACGUGAACCGCACUUACAGAGACCACAUCAUGUUCAGGGAUAGAUACGAUGUGAAGCAACAAGCCUUAUUUCAUGUCCUAACGGCUUAUUCCAUGUAUAACACAGAGGUUGGAUACUGUCAGGGAAUGAGCCAGAUCACAGCUCUGCUCCUCAUCUAUAUGAAUGAAGAGGAUGCCUUCUGGGCCCUGGUUAAACUUCUGUCUGGACAGAAACAUGCAAUGCACGGAUUUUUUGUUCCUGGGUUUCCCAAGCUGAUGAGGUUUCAAGAGCACCAUGACCGCAUAUUGAAAAAGAUGAUGCCUAAACUGAAGCAACACUUGGACUCCCAAGAAGUUUACACCAGCCUUUACACCAUGAAGUGGUUCUUUCAGUGUUUCCUGGAUAGAACUCCUUUUACUUUGACCCUAAGGAUAUGGGACAUUUACAUCCUAGAAGGAGAAAGGGUUCUUACAGCCAUGUCUUACACUAUCCUUAAACUCCACAAAAAGCACUUGACAAAGCUGUCCAUGGAGGAGCUGGUGGAGUUCCUGCAGGUGACUUUGUCUAAAGACUUCUUCUUCGAGGACGACUUUGUGAUUGAGCAGCUGCAGAACUCAAUGUCAGAGCUGAGACGGGCAAAGCUGGAAUUGCCACCCCCUGGUAAAGAGGAUGAAUUUCCAAAGAAGACGCUUGGGCAGCUGCCACCCGAACCGCAGCCAGUCAUUUCCAAUCACGUGGUCAACGGACAGAGCAACAGCACUCAUCUGGAGGGGCACACCUCCAACAGCAAGGUCUCGAGUGCCUCGCCUGAGAGGGCCAGGGAGAGGCAAGCCAGCAGCAGGGCACGGAGAGACUCUUUUGAGAGAUCCUCGAAGCAGCACAAGGCAGACCGACGGGAUGCGCGGUCACAUCGUCCAUCAGAAGCGGAGCUACGAAAACAGGGCAUCGUACUGCCGCCCAAGACCGUGGCUCAGGACCACUCGAGACUCAACAACGCUACUGCUAACCAUAACUCUAAUGCCACUUCGAGCACGAGGAAAGACUUUGCUCCGAGGUGGAAUAAACCCUCCGAAAUAAAACUUUCAGAGUCGGCUGCAAAGUCUGUCCCCGAUGGGAGAGGCAGGGCCGCCAAUUACGGUGGUGCCAGCUCUCCGUCUAGCCCCGACGAGUUGUUCUUUGUGCGGCCAAAGCCUAGAAGUUUAAUCGUUGACGAGACCAAAAGGGGAUCCAACGCAUCGCAGUAUGACAACGUCCCGAGCUCCGAGCACGACUUCGAGAACCACGCUGAGGAGCUGCUGGAACGGCCCAAAUCUCGAAGUCCUCGGAACGAGUCUUUCGGCAGUCAGUCACCGAAUUCGGCUAGUCCCACGAAAAUGUUGAGCGGCAUUGGUGCAAGUGGACCACAGAGAGCUCAGAAGCACACUUUGACGUUUGAAAGUCAAGACCAAAGAUCCGCAGGUAAAGCCCCUCCUCUGUCUUACUCCAACCCCCCUACAUAUCAUGGGAACUCGCAGCAGUAUUCCCCCGGCCGACCUGGACAGGCUCCUCCGCCCUACCAGCCGCAGUACAACAGCAUUGUGGAUGUCAAGCCUGACGAUAAGCAGUAUGGUUUAAUGCCACAUGUACCCAUUGGCCUGCCUCCUGAAAAGACAUACAUGAAUUCUUACGCUGCCUACAACAGGCAGUUUUCCAGCUCUUCCCAGCCUAACCGAAUUGUCGUUAUGCCUGCAGAGAGCAGCGCACAGUACGAUUCUGUUAAUUCCAGCAACUGUCCGAGACAGCCGACCAAGCUCCUAGGAAGACAGGUGUAUCCAUCUGUUGACUAUGUGCAAGACGGCAGAAGACGCCCAGACCAGACACCCCUUUACAGACAGGAGAGCCAGGGGCGGCAGUGGCACCCGAGCCCGGAGGCUGAUGCCCGUUACAUGGCGAGCAUGCCAAGGUCCCCAAGUUUCCAAAGGGCACAGAUGUCCCCGGUUGACGACUUCAGCUAUUCGGCAGUGCCUGUGGAUGGGUCCCUCCAUUACAGAACUUCCUAUCCAGAACCACAGGCUCCAACAAGACAGCAGCAUCCAGCCGCCUUUAGUGGACAACACUACAGACACCCUGCUGAUGGGUACACCAUGCAAGAGUCAAUGCUGCUAUGAACAGUCCCUCGCCCCAGCUUGGGCAGAAAGCAAAGGCAAACAGUAAUCAUGGCGUUUUUGUUUUGUUUACACGUAACAAGUCAUUACUACUGCAUGGUUCAGCACCAGCUUCUAGUGUUAUUCAGCUUCCUUAGUAAAUUUCCUGGACUUUUUUUUUAAGUUUACCACAGAAUUAUUCAUUGAUGUAUAUAUUUUUUUUCAAAUCUAAAUCGAAUUUCACUGGUGCAUUGAGAUAUCUAAAAUUAAGAAUUUCAUGUCAGAAACUUUACUGUUUUUUUUAAAUUCUAAAAAACUCAGCGACAACUUGUUUUCAUUUUGUGUUUUUGAAAGCCUUUAUUUUUUUACUGAGCUACAUAACGUUGUCUUCUUUGAAAGGUCAAUUUUGUAUGCUUGUGAACAUAUUUUGUUUUCCAUAUGAGCUCUUUGGAAUGAAAAAGCAAACUAUAAGCACAGAGCUAUAAGAAGUUCACUUUAAAGACUCAGAAUCAUUGUGUUUUGUUGUGUUUGUUUUAACUGGUUAUGAAGUCCUUUGAGGGAACGCUGUAACAUGAUAGUAUUGGAAAAAAUGUGGUAGUAUUUAAUUUAAUUUUAUUGUGUAAGAACAUAAGAAACAUUACAAAAGAGAGUAGGCUAUUUGGUUCAUCCAUUAGUAGCCAGUUGACCCGAAGAUUUCAUCCAGUCGUUUCUUGAAAGAAGCCAGGUUAUCAGCUUCAACAACAUGGCUGUUAUACCUGAAGUGCGUUUUAACUUUUGUUGCAAAUGUGGGCAUUUUGUAAAAAUGAGAUGUAAAAUAGCCUGCUGCAUUUUCAACACUGAAUCGGCAUUCUUUCACUAAUGUUUAUGUAGUAAGCGUAGUUUGUAAUUUUUUUAAAUGAAAGCUACUCUUGAUAAUUUACAGCAAAUAUAGUAUCUGCUGUAGUUUGCUGCUGUUUACUGAUUUCAUGGAUUGUUUAUUGUUUGCCUUUUCUUUUAAUUAUGGCAAUUGUCUCGAAAGAGAAACUGAAACAUGAAAAAAUUAAAUUUUAUAUUUAAGCACUACAUAUGGGAAAAACUACAUUGCACCCUAUGUAUCCUUGCCAUGUUUAUUUUCUCAACACAGCUGAUGUUUUUAGAGAACCUUUAAGAAAUUUAUUUCUCAGCAGUUGUAAAAUACAAUAAUUCUUGUUCAACUUUUUUUUUUUUACUAAUGGGGUAUAUCAGAAAGCAGGGAAUGUAAUUGCAAGGAUUUCCAUGAUAGCUUUAGUCUCUAAGAAGGUGCCUCUAACCUGAUGAUAUGGUACAAGAAAUAAUAUGUUCUUUUUAUAAAAGGGAUAUUUCACUAACAGCUUACAUCAGUUCCUUUUUUCAAAGUCCUUAUUUAUGUGUAAAGGGCAAAUGUAUUGCAGUGUUCAAUUUCAGUAUCAUAUGUCAUCGUGUAGUUAUAGUAUGUUGUAACUCAUACCUAAGAAUGGAGAUCGUGUGACUGUAUAAUGCAAACAAUUGAACAUGAGGUGACCCAAAAUAUUCCUCAACUACUUCAAGUCUCCUAAUAAAACAUAUCUUUCUGGGGCAGUAAAAAUGUUGAUUGGAAAAAUAGUUUUACAGUGUUUCAGUAAUUUACACCUUAAAGGUAAAAAAUAAUGUUUUACUAGAGGCUGCUAACAAAUUAAGUCCAUGCUCACCAGUGGAAGAAAAAAAAUGUAGAUUUUAUAUACUGUAUAAUAUACACUAUUUUUAUAUAUUAUACAAAAUGGUUUAUAGUACUAUGUAUUCUAUUGUACGUGAUUUUAUCCUUUUAAAACUUUGCAGGAAUAUUAGGAAUAUCUUGUAUUACAUGUCUUUAUUUCAAAUAAUUGUUUUGCAUUUUGAAAUGGUCUGUUAUUUACACUAAAUAAUAAUUAAUUUCUUGGAAGUCUAAAAAUCUGUUAUGACUGCCAAUGACGUUUCUAUACUGUUAAUUUAAAUCUACUGUACGCAUACAAAGAAUAUGAUUUUUUAAUUUAUUUUAUCCGCACAGACCCAUCAAAAAUUAGUGAUUAAGUCUUAGGUUUUUGGGUGGAUCAUCAUGCUUACCUUAUUCCUUACAAAUCAGAUUAAGCACUGCAGCAAAUCUUUGGGUUACUGAACAGAUAACCUUUUCCACUUGAAAUACUUUGUACAGUAUGUGUGAUGAAGAUUUGAUUAUGUUUAUUCUGAAGCAAGCUAAAACAAGCUAAUCAUCUCUUUCAAGUAAAGUUCAAAUCAACGUGUAACAUGGCAAUAAAGUGAGCCCCAAUCCUGGAUAGUGCUUUUGGACAAGUUCAGGACACCUCACACAGCAGGUCUCGAGAAAACACGGUGCACAGAACGAGUCAGGAAGAGACUGCUUGGAAUAUUCCGUUGGAAUAAGGAAAUACAGAACUGUCACCUAAUCAAUAAACAGCCUUUACUGUAA